AUGGAUGAAAACAUGGCGGCCGAAUGGAAAGAAAAGGUUUUGGAUUUGUUUACGUGCGAAAAUGGGUCAUUCUCCUUGCAUGAAAUUAUGGAUCGCCUGGAGAUUAAGAGCAAUGCUAUUGUGAACGUAGCCAUAUUUGAACUUGUACGUGAAGGAGUUCUAACACAAACGAGUGAAAUGCCUCCCAAGUGGGAAUUUACUCGAGCGCAAAGGGAAACCGAAACUGAGAAAAAUUGUGUAGGGGAAAGAUCAGAUGAAGGUAAGCUUUUUGUAGUAAGUUACCGCUUAAAAAGUACACCCAAUGAUACAGAAAAAGAAGCGCAGCAAUUUAAAUCAGUUUACAGAACCACAACCAUUGCUUUUAUCGAAGACCAUAUUGCGGUAAACGUAUGCGAUGUACAGCGGUAAUUCAUGAAACCCCCUUUUGCGUUUCCGGCCGCCGCGUUGUGCGAAACCGAAACUCGUGCGGGGAAUAAGAUUGAGUUUCUGCUAUACAAGCACAAAACGUUUCGAAUUGAAAGUUGAAAGAUGCAUUUAUCUCAAUAACUUUUUUGAGGGAUAUGGCUUUGAAAAGUUCAGGGAAUUUGCCAGUUGUGUGCAAUUCUUUUUCUCAGCUGUCCUUGGUUAAAAGGAAAACGCGUGAGUAGAACUUUAUGUAAACUUAUUAAAUGCACGCACUACACUUUACUUUUAGGAGAUCAUUCGAAUCUCGUGAGAAUUUUCCUCUACAAAAUGCUUUAAAACUAGAUAUUACUAUUUGAAUCUCUUGAAUGUCUCUUUGCGCAAUGAUAUCUUGAAACGGCAUAUGAAAUGUUAUGGAGUUGUAUUUUACUGGGUUUCGCUUAUGUACAUGUAAGUAAAGCAGUAAAAAAGAACUUUUAUUUAAUGCAUUGUGAAAACAGUAGAUUCUCAUUUACAUGUUCAUUGUAACCUUCAACACAGAACAUUUGGCUCAUUCUUAGUGUAAGAACCUUAGUAGUGUAAACUACAAGGGAUGUAAAACCAAGAGAGCCCAAGAAGUACAUGUAUUAGCCACAGAUCCAAGAAUAACUCAGUUGUCAGGUUCUUACACUGAUGUGAACCCAUAAAUUUCACUUGGAAAUGUGUGAUUCUGUAAAAUAUGGUUUUUAAAAACGCCUAAUGUGGAAGGAAUUAUCAAUUCCUUGAGGGUGAGGUGCUAGGACUCUUAGGAGGUUCAGAUUAGGAUGUCAGAGGCUCAGGAAAUCCUCGAGAUGAGCAGUAUGGACAACUAGAUCACUUUCCAAGGUGGGGGGGGGGUGAAUUUCAAUUCAUUUUUACCUUAGUUCGAAAAUUACUAGUUACUGAUCUGUUAGGUUAUUCUUAGGACAUAAAUAAGUUAAACUGUAUCAUUUGUGGUAAAUGUUUCAUCUUAACCAAACAUGUUUCUUCAUGAAAAUGACCUUUACAUGGGGGCUGGGUGGGUAGGGCUCCUUCUUUUUCAUCUAAAAAAUAAAAGAAAGGGGGGGGGGUCCUAGGAAAACUUUGCUUUGUGAUGGGGUAUUGAUGUUUUCUGGAACAAAGUAUAUACGUGUAAUUCUGUUGGAAUAAAAUAGUAAAAAAGAUUGACGUCUUUAUUGUAGCUGCGGCUGAGCAUAGACGUACUUGAAAGGUUACUUAUACUACUGAAUUGUGUAUUUUCAAAUUCAAAUUUGACCAUACAGCACUAUUUUAGUGACAUUUACAUGUGUUCAAGAUGUGUUAUCUUUGCUAUGUCACUUCUUAACUGUUUAAUAUCCAAAGACAUUUUAUAUGCCAUUUAGGUGACAGGGCUGUCACUAAGGGCCAGGUGCCAUAAAUUUUCCCCAUUUACUACAAGCAUGACCCCAGUACCUCCUGUGUAGGAAACAAAAAUGGAACCAAGAGAAAUUCCCCAUCUACAUGUACUAAAGUGUAUACACCCCAGCUCGGCGAAAUCCUGAUGUAUUAGCCAUUUUGGAGUGGCAUAGGGAACUGGGGCAAGUUUCAAAUUUAAACUAACAAUAAACUGACACCACCAUAUAAAAGGUCAUGUUGAGAUUGGUUAAUUGACCAAGUUUGGUGCUCUAAAGUUGAACAGGGAUCAAGUUAUGAUUCUUGAAACAUGGUUAAAGAUCCUUACAAAUGUCUGUAAUUUUGUGACAGCAUCCCCCAAAACCAUACAAACUCUUCAAAAUAUUUUUCAGUUUUUCUGUUAAACUGUAAAAUUCGCCAUGCACCUACUACAUGUACUUGGAAGGAACUAAUUCAAAAAUCACUAUGUUUGUUCAUUUUCAAGAAUAUCACAGAAAUUGUGAAAGAAAUUAAGAGUUUAUAUGGUUUUGGGGAACGCUGUCACAAAAUUACAGAUGUUUGAAUUGAUCUUUAACCAUGUUUCAAGAGUCAUAACUUGAUCCCCAUUCAACCUUAGGGCACCAAACUUGGUCCAAUAACCAAUCUCAUCAUGACCUUUUAUAUGAUGGUGUCAGUUUGUCGAUUAGUUUAAAUUUGCAACUCACCCCAGUUCCCGACACAACUCUGAAAUGGCCAAUAUCUGGGUAGUUGAUUUUUACUGUGGACACUUUUCUAGGGAAUGAAAAUAUAUAAUUCAAGUUCUUGGUUAUUUCCAGUGAUAGCCAUUUGAUUCGAUUCAGGAUUAUUUGGUUCUAUAUUUACGUUAAUUUGAAACUAAGCUAUAGGCUUACAUGUACCUGCCCCAGGCUAUCAUCACAAGCCCUUAGAUUUCAUGGUAGUGAUUGGUUCUACUGAUGGUCACUUUACCAAGAUUUACCAAAGUAGCGCCACAGAUACACUGUGUACACUGUAUAGCAUUACCAUAAGUGGUCUUUUACUUCCUAUCUCUUGGGACAGGUUGAGAUAAAGACACUUUGAGGACACUGUCAGAUGGUGUAUGUCUCACUUUGUCACCAUCUUCAUUUUCUUUUUUAACUGUUAGGUUUCCAACCAGUCUGUUUUAUGAUCGAAGUUACAUUUUGCUCGUUAAAAAGAUGAUUUAAUGCAAAGUAUGUAUGUUAAAGUUGGUUCAAUCAAGGAAAAACUUGAUUGGGUUUGACUGCGUGAGGAAAUUUUGAUUGACUAACGGGUGUGCCAGCUUUACAUCACACCUAGUGCAAUUUGUUUUCUGAUUAUGAGUCACUACUCUUUUGAUUUUGCACAGGAGGUGAAGCAUUAAGCUUCGAUGUUAAAGACGCAGCAGAAAGACCACCUAGUGAAGACAAUUGUGUCUCAGCUGAUAAUCAAACAAAGAACCUUUCGAAGUCUCACUCAAAAGGCAAACAUCGGGGAGAAAGCUGUCCACAGCAAAAUGGAUCCUUAGAAAAGCAAAUCCUGGGUGCUCUGCAGGUGUCAUCGCACCCUUGCACACUCAAUGACAUUCUACACAGUGUUGCCAUCCACACAUGUGAAGCAAGUGUAAUAGAGUGCAUCAAUAAACUGGAGGAGACAAAGAAAAUAGUCAGAAAAAUGAAAAUGCCUCCCAUGUGGGUAAUUGGAGAGUCAACAACAGAGAGCAAGAGGGGAGAUAAAGAAAUACCUGAACUGCCACCACUGGUACCUGAUUAUGAAUCUGACAAUAAUGACGAGGAAGAACAGGAGAAAUUUAUGGAGGACAGAAAGGAGGAUAGGGCCUUAGAAGCGAAAGAAAAUCUGAGUGAUGGAGAUGGCCAACAAUCGAAAACUUCAGGAAACCUGGAAAAAGGUGAUUUGUGUGCAUCACUGUCCUUUGUAAAAAAUGAAAAAGAAGGUGAUCGUGGUUCUGCCAAGACCCAAAUUUCUCAAAAUUCAAACGAAGGUUCUUCAAGUAAGGACCGCAUGUUCUGUGAGCAAGAUGUCGACAACAACCCAAGCCUUGUUAACCGCUCAGCUGAACCUUUAUUAGAUGAAAAUCCACUGCUGCAAUCCAAUAAAGAUCCUUGUCCACAACCCUCUGGUGCUGUUAGGUUGAGCAGUGUAUCUCCUUCAUCUGAUCCUGCUUUUGCUAUGGCUCACAGCAGAUCUGCCACACUAGGUGCGUCCACACGUCCACCCGCGCCCCUGCCAACACCAUCAGGAGGACCCCCUCCACCCCCAUCAGCUCACCUAUUCAAUACCUUGAUGUCGCAGUGCACCAGAAAACCAGCACCUGUUGCAAUGGCUGCAAGACCCACAUUUUCACCUCCUCUUCGACCAAGUCAGCAAUCUCCCACGAUGGCACCACUUCGUCCUUUGAUGUCUUUGCCUGUUACUCGACCAACGCGCCCGCCCACGACAGAGCCUCGCUUUGGCAGUCAAAAUCUUGUAUUACAUAGCUCAAGUGCAAGUGGCCAAAUGUCUCAAAAUGAUUCCCAGCAACCGUGGAACUCAAAUGAAAACGAGCAGAAAGAAACCGUGACAUUUCACCAGGAUAUGUUUUCGGCAUUUGGCCAGGACCAGCCAAAUUUACCCAUGGGCCAGUCUCCGCCGAGUUCAUCAUCUCGAGGGAAUACGCUACAGCACAAGGUGCAAUCUGCUACCGAUUUGCGUCAGCCUUCUCUCAUGCAUUUCCCAAAACAAGGUACUGCCAAGCUGCCACCACCUCCGUCAGCACACCUUUUUCAGAAUCUUGUCAAGAAAGGUCCCCAGGCAGUCCCAACCUCCAGCACGAGCCCACUAAGCACCCUCUCUAAACAGCCCACGACACUUAGUGAUUUGGAAAGGAGAGUACUUGAAUACAUGAAACGAGAAAGGAAGUCGUGCGAUACUCUUCAACUGGCCAGACAAGUUGGUUUGAACACAAAGAAACAGAUUAAUCCAACACUUUACAAACUCCAGACGCUAGGUUUGAUUUACAAGAUGCACGAUCACCCUCCCACUUGGAAGGUACGCCAAGAAGUGAGUUCCUUGACUUUCCAAGGUUCAGGUGCUGAUUCAGGUUCUGCUGGAGUUGAUCGAAAGAGACCAUAUCCUGAAGCAGAUAACUAUAAAGGGCAUCAAACGCUAAAGAAACCUGUUAUCUCGACGUCGUCAUCACCUGCGUUUGGGUUGUCUGAACAGCAGGGGCCUGUGGCUGGCCAAUUUGGAGGAAUAAAGAGCAACGUGUUUACUCCAAAGUUACAGUCAGCUUUAGUUCCAUCUCAAAACACACAGAUUUCCUUAUCAUCUUCAGGAAAUGACAACAGAUUAUUAGGUCUCACACCACAAGCAUUUACCAGUGAGCCAUCCAUUAGCGUUGCAAACUAUAAUUCAAUCCCGCCAGCACCUUCAGGCCCUCAAAUGGAUCUUCCAGAUGUCCUCUCCAGUGUCGCUUAUGCAGCAAUGAACAAAAACCCCGUUAGUGCUCUAAAUGAGUACGUGCAAAAAAACAAAAUGGAAUUAAGUUUUGAAACCCUCAGCCAGCGUCCUACUUUUGCUGUUGCUGCAAAAAUCAAUGGAAAACUGUUCCCUGCGGCAAAUGCCAGAAACAUGAAGGAUGCUAGGCGCGAGGCUGCAGAUAUCGCUUUAAGAAGCUUGCUAGGUCGGGCUGCACAUACGGGAAUGGAUGGUACUUCGCCAUUGAACAUCACGAACCCCUCUGCCAGCGUUCUCAGUAAAGUCCGUACCCACUUCGAUCUUAUUGCUGCUCUUUCGCAUCACACGUUUCUUCAGAUUGCAGCGUCCAUUGCUGAUAAAUUUGCUGGAAGAAAGGUUGUGGCGUGCAUUAUCAUGAAACAAGGUGCCGAUGAUUCUGGCCAAGUUGUUUCUCUUGGAACUGGGAAUCGCUGCGUUACUGGUCAGCGGUUAAGUAUGGAAGGAAAGACCGUGAACGAUUCUCACGCUGAAAUUGUAGCUCGUAGAUCCCUGCUUCGAUUCUUCUACAACCAGUUAGGCAAGUAUUGCGAAGGGAAGGAGUCCAUUUUCAUUGCAAAGCAAGGUUCCUCAAGGCUCGUAGUACGCGAGGAGCUGUCAUUUCAUCUUUAUAUAAGUACAGCGCCUUGCGGAGACGGUGCUCUGUUUACUCCCCGAGAGGAACCGAACACUGACUUUUCAGAACACUCAACACAGCAUAACCCUAUAUUCACCACAAAACAACAGGGAAUCCUUAGAACAAAGAUCGAAGAUGGCGAAGGUACGAUUCCUAUCGACCCUUCCGAUGGAAUUCAAACAUGGGAUGGCCUGUUGAGGGGCAACAGAUUACGUACCAUGUCUUGCAGUGAUAAGAUUUGCCGUUGGAAUGUUCUUGGACUGCAGGGUGCUCUUCUGAGUCACUUCAUUGAGCCCGUUUACUUAGCGUCGCUCACUCUAGGCUACUUAUACGACCAUGGUCAUCUCUCACGCGCUGUCUGCUGUCGUCUGCAACACAACAGUGACCUCAACACGUUGCUUCCAUCUCCGUAUCACGUGAAUCAUCCAUGGCUUGGUCGUGUUACAGCGUAUGAUCCACCACGCGAGACAGAAAAGACAAAUAACCUUAGCGUCAAUUGGUCAAUUGGUGAUGCCUACCCUGAAGUGACCGAUGGCCGCACGGGCGCUUGCAUGACACGGACACAGAACAGUCCCACUCCUUCACGCGUUUGUAAGGCCGCGUUGUAUUCAUCCUUCAAAGAGAUAAGCGCCAAGUUAAGCCGCCAGGAACUCAUGGCCGCUGAAACCUACUGCGAAGCGAAAAAGAUGGCGACUGACUUUCAAGAGGCUAAGCGUAAACUGUGCGAUUAUUUUAAAUCGUCGAAAUAUGGCCCAUGGGUCAGUAAGCCAGUGGAGCAAGAAAUGUUUUCUUGA